AUUAUUUACAUCUAUGUGAUAGUGUUGGCCACUAACAUCAUUCUACCCUUUCCUUUUUCCUCCCUUUUCACUUACCUGUCUCCUUCUAUAUAUAUACACACACACACACACACAAAUUCACCUAAAAGAAAAAAAACUCCGGCUUCACUGAAUUUGGAAGAUUGAGAGUGCGAGUUGAUAAAAAAUGGAAGGAGGAAAUAAUCGUUUUCUGGGAUGGAAGAAAAGCCCAAGAAAUUGGCUUCAAGAUCAUCAUCAUCAUCAUCAUCAUCAUGUAGAUGAGGCUGAUCAUGAAUCAUCCAUAGCUCUGCCUUCUGUGCCUCCACCAGAAACACCCAAGGAACCAAUGGAGUUCUUGUCAAGAUCUUGGAGCCUUUCUGCUUCUGAAAUCUCCAAAGCCCUUGCCCAGAAAGAGAAAUUAGAGAAGCAAUCUUUUGAGAAGAAACUCAAUUCCAUUCCUGAAACUGUCUCUCCAAAUCAUCACCACAUUGCUGGGAAGGUUAUGAUUCCGGUACCUCAGGGGAGAAAAUCAGGGCCAAUUGGGAGGUGGUUUCAACACAAGGAAUCUAACCAUAACACAGUGAAGAAAAAGGAUAAAGCAAGGAUGGAAAAUGCUCAUAUGCAUGCUGCUUUAUCGGUUGCAGGAUUGGCAGCAGCAUUGGCUGCUGUGGCUGCAGCAGAGAACAAGAAAGACACAAGCUCCAAGAUGACUGCAGCUAUGGCUUCAGCUACAGAGCUUCUGGCAUCCCAUUGUAUAGAAUUGGCCGAAUCGGCCGGAGCCGGCCACGACCGUGUUGCCACCGCCGUCAGAUCAGCCGUUGAUGUCCGGGGAGCGAGUGAUUUAGUUACCCUAACUGCUGCAGCUGCAACUGCUCUGCGUGGAGAAGCAGCUCUGAAAGCAAGAUCACCAAAAGAUGCUAAGAAGAACGCAUCUAUUAGUCCAUGUGACAAGAGUUUAGCAGAAACUCAGUCUUUCUCUGCUUGUGAUUAUGAAGCUGCAGAAGUUCCCUGUGUUGGUGAUUUGUUGCAACACACAAGAAAAGGUGCUCUGCACUGGAAGCAUGUUUCUGUCUACAUCAACAAGAAAUCUCAGGUCAAACUCAAAAUAAAAAGCAAACAUGUAGCCGGGGCAUUUUCCAAGAAGAACAAAUGUCUUGUUUAUGAAGUUUGUGAUGACAUUGCUUCAUGGCCAUUCAAGAAAGAAAGGGAAAACGUGGAAGUCUAUUUCGGAGUGAGAACUGCUCAGGGUCUGGUUGAAUUCAAGUGUAAGAACAAAGGCCACAAACAGAAAUGGGUAGAUGGGAUUCAAGACCUCCUAAGGCGAUCCAGUUUCAUGGAAGAUUCCGAUAAUUCUACCAGAAUGUUAAACAUUAAUUAUAGCAUCUAGUUUUUCUACAUUUUCUUGUUUUGGGUAAUAGUAAACUUAGUUCAUAUUGAAAUUCAGAAAAGUAACAAGUGAAGUGUUUUUUUUUUUUUUUUGGUUUUUUUGGUUGUGUGCACUUGCUCUAAAUAUCAGCAAAAUGUGAGAGCUAUGUGCCAAUUUGUACAAAAGUUUGCACAUUCGUUUCUGGUAGUUACAUUAUAAGAUGAAUCCAUUUGCAAAUAGCUGUAGAACAGGAUUUUGAAGAUCUUUGAAGCAAAUAGUGUUUUUUUUUUCUUUUCUUCUUGAGCUAAAAACAUUGAAAAAUUAUAAGGCACUUCCAAUAAGUGCUAAUGUUUACACUGAAAAUCAGGCUCCUCUAAAGAGUGCAGUUUAACUAAUAAACAAACCUAUUUUCUAGUAGGGGAAUGAAUUAUCUCAAUCCAGCUUUUGUGAAUGCAUCUUCAAAAUCAUCAUUGCGGUCAUACCGAAACACCUCAGCUAUCUCACAGUUGAAGUAGUUUUCAAUCUUUUUUAUCAGCUUCUUAUCCCUGUCAUUGCAAAGUAGGUUGAAGACGGCGCGCCUUAGCGCCCGAAGCGACCGGCUCUACAACGCGACGCAGGUAUCCCUCAUGAAGAUCUCUUUGCUGAUGGUCUGAUCAACAAAAGCUCUGACAUUGUCAUUGAACGUGGCGGAAAACAGAACCACCUGGCAAUCAGGGCUGCUUUGAACAAUUAAUCUCAUAAUCUUUUUCGACGAAUCUCUGAAAGAACCCUCUGCAAGCAUAUGAUCCGCUUCGUCGAAUACAAGUAUCUUCAUGAAUCUCAAGCUCAGUUUCUUCGAUGUGAUCAAACUGUCAAUUGUUCCAGGGGUUCCGAUCACAACCUGAGCGGUGAUCGGAACCCGUUUCCGAACCGGAAUAGUCCCGUUUAGAGCUAAUUCCGAUUGAAUUCCGGUGAACUUCCCCAUCUUUACUAAGACUUCCAUGUUCUGGAUGGCCAAUUCUCGUGUUGGGCAGAUACAGAGUGCCAGAGAGUUUUGGGUCGAUUCUGCUUAACAUUCCGAGAACAAAACAGGUUGUUUUUCCAGACCCAUUGAGGGCUUGAGCCACCAGGCUCUUAUACGGCGUGGAAAGAAUCAUUGGCAAAGUAACGGCCUGAAUCUUACCGGGUUUUUCGAAUUUCAUCUCCAGAUAUAACCCCUUCAAGAGUUCAGGGGGAUAGGUUCAAGUCUUCGAAUUUCUUGGCUGAUUCAUAUAUGGUAUCCCCAGUGGCGGCAAUUGCUUCCACACAGCAUUCUUCAUCAGCAUCAGCUUCAUUCUUCAACUUUUCCGUGUCUUCGAGAGUUAACAAAUCAAGACUAAUUUCGUUGGCCAUUGAAGGAAGAGAUUAUUAAUCGAUUUUUGUGUGAUGGAGAGAAUGGAGAAGAAAGUCAAUCCGGUGCUAUAUUUAUACGCGGCAAGUAGGAAAAGUAAUCUUUUGCUAGUUCGGUUUUAGAAACCAAUCUAUAUUUGGAAACAGGAAUUACUAAUUAGGAAAUAAACAAUCCUGUAAAGUAAAAAUUAAAUCCAUCUUCUGUCGG